AUGGCCCUGCAGCUGUCCGUUACUGCCGAUGCUACGGCGCGCUUGGAAAUUGACAGGCGUACCAGUGACCAAGCUCCUCGAAUUCCAGGUCUUGUAUACUGUGCAGUUGACAGGACUGGUAAUGUUCUCUUUAGCCAUGCCUCUGGCCAAACAGGCUUAAAUCAAGGGUCGCCCAUGACCAUGGAUACUAUAUUCUGGCUAGCGUCCUGCACAAAGCUGAUUACGAGCAUUGCAUGCAUGCAGCUCGUCGAACAAGGAAAGCUUACUCUGGAUGAUAGCACCCAGCUGGAGUCACUUGCGCCGGAGCUGAAAAUGGUCAAGGUCCUGACACGCAAUGGAAAAGAUGGAUUUCGGUUGGAUCCGAAGGAAAGAAGCAUUACUCUUCGGAUGCUGCUUAAUCACACGUCUGGCUUUGGCUACGCUUUUGAAGACAUAAAAUUAAGGGAUUGGUCGCAGCCUGUUGGCAUUGACGACUUCUCUGGCAACCCAAAAGACGUUCUACACGGGCCGUUAGUCAAUCAGCCAGGAACCAAGUUUCAGUACGGCGUGGGACUCGACUGGGUUGGAAUACUGGUCGAGCGCGUGACUGGUCUGAGUCUUGAAGAGUAUUUUCAAACUUUCAUACUGCGGCCGCUGGAUAUCCAAAGCAUUACGUUCUUCCCGGGCGAGGAAUCAAAGGCGAAGAUGGCCUACAUGCACUCCCGUGCACCCGAUGGAACACUAAUCAUUCGUGACCACCUUUACAGAUAUCCGUUGCUUCCAUCAAAUUCCCAAGUGGGCCGUUUUUGUAUGGGGGGAGCUGGCUGUUUUGGGAAGCCGAUUGAUUACUGCAGGAUUAUUGCAACAAUUUUGAAUGACGGGCUAAGUCCAAAUACGGGUGCGAGGAUUUUAAAGCCCGAAACUGUGAAAGAGAUGUUCAUCGACCAAAUUCCGACCAUGCCGCGAUAUUGCAACGAGAGUACUCCGUCGGGUAAACCUGACCUUGCCAACCCCUGUCCGUUGGUACUCUGUGCGGACAAUCUUACUGAAGGGUGGGGUCUGUCUUUUUCAUUAAGUCAUACCAAGAGCACGACUGGGAGAGCAGCAGGCUCGGGCUCGUGGGAAGGGCUCGCCAAUCUUUUCUGGUUUGCAGAUCGUGAAAAUGGAAUUGGUGCAAUCAUCGCCUCUCAAAUAUUACCAUAUGGCGAUCUAGAAGUGCUGGGUUGUUCUGAUUGUGUGGAAAAAAUCAUCUAUGACGACGUAAUCAAUCUUUAG